AUGAUGCAGGCAGAAGAGCCGCAAAAGCAGGAUUCCGACCAGCCAGUUGACUUUGCCUGGCGGCUGAUGCAGAAGGCCAUAAAAAAAACGUGGCAGAAUCACCCGUCCGAGCGGCGGGAAGCGUUGGCCGACGAAGAGAUCUCGGCCAAGCUGCGCAUGGUCCUGCGCCGAGCCGUUGCUGCGCUCUCCCCGCCACGGUGUUUGGGUGAUGGAUGCGAUGGCAAGAUGCCGGCAUCCAUUGCAUGCAACGACCAGUCGACGCUGGCCACCAACAUGCAAUCCCGGCUUCGCAAAAUCGUGCUUGGCUGCCUGGAUUGA